AUGGGCGACAACCUUGAGCCCGUACCACACUUGCAUGAUGUUGUAAUCAUCGGUGGUGGCCCCUGCGGCCUUGCGGUAGCUAGCCGACUUAGCGAGCAUAUGCCGGCCGCCAGCUUCACGGACGACGAACACAAAAGAUAUCACUGGCUCAAGAAAAGACAAGGGAAAGUCAGCGUAAAGGCCUGGAGAACUGGUGUGGUCAAGCAAGCGAACACUUGUAGUGUGCCCAACAGAGAGAAGGUACCGGACCUUGUUGUUCUUGAUGCUACAGGUGACAGCUGGAUGGCACGUUGGGAUCAUCUCUUCAAGACAUUUGGCAUUACACAUCUCCGAAGCCCAAUGUUCUUCCACAUUGACCCGGCAGAGCGAGAUGGUCUCCUUUCAUACACUCACAUGAAUGGCAGGGGUGGCGAACUCACUGAACUCCGGGGUUGUGUCGGCAGGGAGAUCAGCAAGCACAAGUGGAAAAAGCGAGUCAAAGCCCACCGAGAAUUUGGAGAUGGUCCAACCGUUGAUGAGCGUGAUCGAAAUGAUUACUUCGUUCCGUCAACCCCCCUUUUCGCCUCUCAUUGCGGUUGUAUCGUUGACCGUUAUGGUCUCCGGCAAGACAUUGUGCGACAAGAGAAAGCCAUCGACAUCAAGUAUGACUAUUACGAUGAUGUUUGCGAGACAGAUAAAGUUUUCCGGAUCGAGACAAACAAACAAGUCUACUACUCACGGACAGCCGUUCUUGCUGUCGGUCCAGCUAACGAGCCGACCAUUCCUAGCUACCCGGGCAACGAAAAUGCCGAGGCUGCCACACACGCCUUGAAGAUCAGGGAAUUUCCCUCACAGCCAGUCCAAGAUAAGAUAUCCGCAAAAAUGAUCACCAACAUUUUGGUCGUUGGCGGUGGUCUGACUUCGACCCAAUUAGCAGACCUCGCAAUACGCCGAGGUGUCACCAGAGUAUGGCUGAUCAUGCGAGGCCCGCUCAAAAUUAAGCACUUCGACAUCGGUCUAGAAUGGGUGGGCAAGUUUCGCAACUUCGAGCAAGCCGCCUUUUGGACCGCAGACUCGUCUGAAGAACGAUGGGAGAUGAUUAAGACCGCUCGCAAUGGCGGCAGUAUCACGCCUCUGUACAAGAAGGUUCUAGACCGACUCAUUGCUAACGGCAAGGUUGUGUUAUCACUUCACACCACCAUCAAGUCCAGGAACUGGGAUGCAGCAUCUCAGACCUGGGAUGUCGAGCUUUCUGGCGACCAUGCUCAGAAGCUGCCGCCCAUCGACCACAUCUAUUUCGCAACUGGUGUCCAAAGUAACUUUCGGACCCUGCCGUAUCUCCAGUCGUUGCUGAAGGACUACCCGAUCGAAGAUUGCGGCGGAAUGCCUUGCAUCACCGAAGACAUGCAGUGGACCGAUGAGCUGCCACUGUUCAUGGCAGGCAGACUAGGAGCACUCCAGCUAGGACCGGGGGCGCCCAACCUUGUGGGUGCCAGGAUCGGAGCUGAACGGAUCUCUUGGGCUAUUCAGGAGCUGCUCAGCAAGGAUGAGAGCGAACAAUCCAAGGGGUCGCGGUCACAGUUUGAUUACCUCACGGCCCGAGGCAGUCGCUACGAGGCAUUGGCGGAGGAAUAG